AUGUUCCUCCGCACUGCAUUCCUCUUCGCCAGUGCCUGCCUUGCAAGUGUACUGGACACCUCUGUUGCGGCACUCAUCAAUGGCCACGACUUGUCUUCGACUGUUCUAAUGGAGACGAUUCAUGGAGCCCAAUGGAUCAACACCGACGGCAACACAACCACCAUCGAAAGUAUUUUCACAGAAGGGGGCAUGGACGCUGUCCGACUUCGUAUCUGGACGGAUGGCGAGUACGAUCUCAACUAUACGCUGGCUCUGGCUCAUCGAUUCUCUAAGGCAGGAUUUAAGAUCUACCUCGACAUGCAUUUCUCCGAUACGUGGGCGGAUCCGCAUCAUCAAAACAUCCCUGCAGCGUGGGACAAUUCGUCGGUUGCCACGUUGGCCGCCGACCUGCAAGCGUACGUGACGUCAACAUUACAGGCCUUCACAGACGGCGGCAUCGAUCUCGAUAUCCUAUCGCUUGGUAACGAAAUCACCAUCGGCUUCCUGUGGCCAACGGGGAAGCUAACUACCGGUAACUCCAACGACUUCGCGACUCUAUGGAAGGCAGCACGCCAAGGUGUGACGGAUGCUGUCGCCACUGGAACCAAGAAACCAGAGAUCAUGAUCCACGUGGACAACGGAUGGAACUACACGUACGUGUCGGACUUCUUUACGGGACUUUUCGCCAACGGCACCGUGACGCCCGACGACGUGGAUGUGUUCGGCUUCUCGUUCUACCCAUUCUACGGCGUGGAGGCAACUAUCCAAGCACUUGACUCGUCGCUAACGCAACUUGCAAAGGACUAUAACAAGCCACUCUAUGUGGCGGAGACGAACUGGCCUGUGGCGGGAAACGCAGUGGGUGACAGCUAUUAA